GAUCCAGGACUUGCACCUGGAAUUAUUUUCACUGUGUUAUGAAGCUGGGAACUCCUCGCUUGCUCUGAGCUCUCAUAAAUUAAGACUCCUUUAGCUGUCCUACCUGUUGCAGUUAGGCCUGGCCAUGAUAUGGCUGAGUUAGUGCUGGACUUGCAGGAAAGUGCAUACUGUGGGGGUUAAGACUCUUGCUAUGGUUACGGUGCAAAGUAAAAUCCUAGGUGAAACAGCUUUUUUAUUUUUAACAGGGUAUAACCCACACUGCUGACAUAACGAUGUUGUAUACAAAUUGUAUUUUGCUAAUAUUUUCUGUAUCUGAAAGGCUGGCACUUCACUCUGAACAAAGGGAGGUGUCAGGCAUGCUGCUUGUCUGUAGGGUGCCUAGCAGAUGUUUAUGGAGUACUGAAAAACUUUGCCCAGCUAUCGAUAUUUUCUUUCCAGAUAUAAUCAAGGAGCAAAAUCGAGAGUUAAGAGGUACACAGAGGGCUAUAAGCAGAGAUAGAGCAGCACUUGAGAAACAGGAAAAACAACUGGAACUGGAAAUCAAGAAAAUGGCUAAGACUGGUAACAAAGAGGCCUGCAAAGUGCUGGCAAAGCAGCUGGUGCAGCUGCGGAAGCAGAAGAAUCGAACCUACGCUGUGAGCUCCAAAGUCACUUCCAUGUCCACUCAAACCAAGGUCAUGAACUCCCAGAUGAAGAUGGCAGGAGCUAUGUCAGCUACAGCAAAAACAAUGCAAGCGGUUAAUAAGAAAAUGGACCCACAAAAGACACUACAAACUAUGCAGAAUUUCCAGAAAGAAAACAUGAAGAUGGAAAUGACUGAAGAAAUGAUUAAUGAUACUCUGGAUGAUAUUUUUGAUGCUUCUGAUGAAGAGGAAGAAAGCCAAGAUAUUGUUAAUCAAGUGCUUGAUGAGAUCGGGAUCGAAAUCUCUGGCAAGAUGGCCAAAGCUCCCUCAGCUGCCAGAGGUUUGCCAUCUGCAUCGGCAUCGACCACCGGCACCAUAUCGGAUGAGGAGAUCGAGCGCCAGCUGAAAGCCUUGGGCGUGGAUUAACUGAUCCAGUUCAGAGCCUGCCUGCUGGCUGCUCAGCUCUAGACACACCUACAAAGUGCAAAUACUCUUUCAAUGCAACUGAUUUCUAGGAAAACUCUGCAGUCUCGGAAAUGACACCUUGAAGAUCUAUUUGCAGAGAAAAGUACCUUUUUCUUCGUCCAUUGCAUGGAGUCUUUUUGACUCUGGACCAACAAGGGGUGUAGUUCUGACAAUAAAUUCACUUAUACCAGAUCUGUCCUUUGGAUUCAAAGUUCCAUCUCAGCUCCUGAUUUGUCUCUCAAACUGACUAUUCUGUGGCUGGUCAUGCCACUUCCUAGGACAGCAUCUAUGUAAUAUUUAUCAUUUUUACAAAACUUUUGUUACAGAAACAUUCUUAGUCUGUCAUCUCUUAGCACAAGCUAAACAUCACCUUGGCUCUUAGUUGGAAACUAUUUUUUCCAUGAGAAAUAGCUUUGAAAGUCUAGCUAAUUUAGGCAGAAAGAAAAAUCAUUUUAUGUAUUUCUUUGAAAUGCCUUUUGAGCUGAUGAAAUAAUAGCUUGUUAUUCUUCUUACCAGAAGGGAAGGAUACACUCCUUGUGCAGUUAAUUUUUCUGGAAGAGGACUUAUAUUUGUUAGUGAGCUUUGCUGCAUGAAAGGCACUGAUUGAACUCUAUUGUACUGUAACUUAGCUCGUUUCAACAGAAUUGCUGUGCCUUUAUGUAUAUAAAUCUUGUACCUUUGUGGUUUUCUUUCAGAAUGAGUCUUUGAAAGGUGAGUAAACUUAAUAAUUAAGAUGGUUUCACAAAAUGCUUUGGUGAGACCUCUCUGUACACUUGAUGGGACUCAGUGCUGGAGAGAUGCACUCAUUCAGAAAUGCAACUUGUGCACUUGAAAAAAGGACAUUUGCCUGAAGCAACAUUUGUAUAUAUUUUACAGUAUUUCUUAAUGGAAGAUAACUGUGCAUAAUUGUAUUGUUUGCUAAGAUGCAACUGAUCACAUUGAUAAGCUAAAUCUAAAUAUUAAUUUUGAGAAAAAUUUUGGAUCAUAAAUGAUAAUUACUUGUCUAAACACUAUAAUAAAAGCGUUCUGGUUCUGUGAA